AUGGGUAGAUUAGUCACAAUACCAAUGAUGUGUUCAUGUAAAACAAAUUUAAAAGAAUACGUAUGUAAACAUUUUGUUGGAGUGAUGAUGAUUUAUUUCAAUUACCAUAUUGUAUCUGAUCCACCCAAACUAGAAGAACUAGAAGAUUUGGGAAAAAGACGUGGAUAUCCACAGAAGGCGACUCUUGCAUUGAGUCAUUCGCGUUGUGAAAAUGGUGAUUUAUACCUAUUAUUUCUAUAUUUUUAUGAUAACAUAUUUUGA